CGGUCACUUCCAAGUAUACACCACUCGUGUUCUCCACCGACGUCUCCUUCCCCCGCCGGAUCGGGCGAAGCCCUAUAGGGGAAACAAGGCCUCCGCCAUGGAUUUCUUCAAAUCGGUCUUCUCCGCCGAUCCUGACCCCGCGAUCUCGCAGCACUCCCCCGUCGGAUCGCCGCAUGACGAAGAGGAUCGAGCAAGAGAGGACGACCGUGGCAGCAGCGGCAGUCCGAGCCCCAAUUCUGAGGCCUCCGCUGGCGGCGUUGGCUGGAGCUUCGGUGGUUUCAUCAAGACGUUCGCCUCCAAGUCGGAGUCCGUCAUACAGACCUACCGUCGCGACCUCGCGGAGUUCGGUACCGGGCUCAAGAAGGAGACGGAGGCGAUCCGGGAGGCCGCCGUACGUGCCGUCGGCGACCUCCCCGGGUCACUCGAUGCUGGCGCCUCCGUUGCCCAGGAGUCCCUCGAGUCCGUUGGGCAGGCUAUUGACGACCUAGGCGGCUCGGUGUGGCGGGGGACCGCUGAAAUCGUCUCCCAGGGCAAGGAGGCGAUCCUGUCGGUGGAGGCUGGAGCUGAUUCCGCAGCUCAGCACUCCACCGAGCCCGGGCGGCCCAGUUCGUCCAGCUCUUCGAGGCGUUACAGCCGAUUCGAGGUGCAGGUACUCGCAAUACAGUCAGACGCGAGUACCUUCUCGGAAGACCCGGAGGACGCGGAGGACUUCAGCGAGUGGAGAUCGGGGUUUGAUUUGGCUGAGAAGGAGGAGGAGAUCGAGAAUCUUUGCUAUGAGAAUGGGGCUUUGGAUGGGCUUCUCAACAAUCUGGUUCCUGGUGUUGUGGACUACGAGACAUUCUGGUGCCGGUACUACUAUCGGGUGCAUAAGCUGAAGCAGGCAGAGGAUGCUAGAGCAAAGCUUGUGAAGAGGGUGAUAUCGAGAGAGGAGGAGGAGGAGCUGAGCUGGGAGGUUGACGAUGACGAGAGUGAGGAGGAAGAAACCAAGAAGGAAGAACCGAAAGAGCAAAAUCUCAAUACAAAAAGACAUGUCAUCGAAGUAGAAAAACAAGAACAACAGAAUGAUGAGGAAUUAAGGUCGACCAUGGAGCCUGCAGCACAGCAAAACCCUGCCGAGGCAUCCCAAGUUGAGAACUCGGGAGCGUUGGAAGCGAACGUCGAUGAGGGAAAGACAUCAACAGCUGGAUAUCCAGAAAAUACUGAAUCAAUUGUUGGGCAUUUGAACUGCAAGUUGGAUGAAACUUUGGUGCCUGAAGGGAAGGCAGUGGCUGGAGGGUCAAGCAAGGACAGCGAUUUUUCAGUUAUCUCAAGCCAGAAUUCUACGCCGGAGGAAGAUGAUCUUGGGUGGGAUGAGAUUGAGGAUCUGGGUGAGCAUGAUGAGAAGAAAGUUGGUGGCUCCAGCGGGAGCCCUGUCAAGGUGGUGGACCUGCACAAGAGGUUCGGUGCUGCUGAAGAGGAUGAGGAUCUCAGCUGGGAUAUUGAGGACGACGACGACGAGCCCUCCAAGCCUUGAAUUGAGGAUGCAACUAAGUGAGAUGUUUACAUGUGAGCCUCUAUAAACCCAAGAAGAAAAAGAAAAGGAUGGUGUGGUAGGAGCUGGUCUUUCUUCCCCCAUUUCCCACCAUCUCCAACUAAAAGGAGAGAAGAAGAAAGAGAUGUCCCUGUUUCUUUUAACAC